AUGCAGGUCUUCUCAGGGAGAGGCAUUGAAACACUCAACAUUAAAUUGAGGUCAAUAAGAUACAAAGCCCAACUCAAUCCAAGGCACUGUCGCAGCAGUGGGCCCACUCCAGGAGCCGGCACGGGAGAGGGGCUCUCAGGCACCAAGGCAAUAGAAAACCAGCUGAAGAUCUGUGGCUAUAAGAGAAACAUGGAUGUCGUAGCACUGUAUCUGGCUAGACAAGGACUAAGGAGUAUCCCAAGUCUAUCAGAGUUUCCCAGAUUAAGGUAUUUGUGGAUUAACAACAAUAAGAUCCAAGAUUUAACCUUCUUGGUCAAAAACUAUUGCUUGACUGAACUCUAUCUCAACAAUAAUGAGCUGACAGAUAUAGCAGGUGCUCUGAAACACUUACGUUCAUUGCAGAUUCUGUUUCUUCACAACAACAAGUUAAAAAAACUUGGCAAAACAGUGAAGGAAUUGAAAGGAAUGAUAAGCUUGCAGACUCUAAACUUAUUCCAAAACCCUCUGGCAUAUGAUCCAGACUACCGGCUUUAUGUGAUAUACUUCCUUCCUUCAGUUCAGCUCCUUGACAGGAAAUCAGUUACACAAAGAGAAAGGGAGUCAGCACUUCAUCUCUAUAACCCCAAAAGGGCUUGGGUCAUGCAGUCAAUAGCUUUUGGGAAGAGAGUAGAUACAUCCCUGGUGACUACGGUGAGAUCUAGCAGAUGCACUCAACCAGCCAGAAGACCAAUAAUGCCCUCAGGUUGUGAAUUUGGAAAUAACACAAAUAAAGUACCAUUUGAGGACCCCAAAGAUGCGGUUUUAGCACGGGCAACUACAAGAUCUCUAAUGGAAUUUUCAGCUGUGGAUUGGAACAAAGUAGCCACCUGUCAAGAAAGACGGCUUAAAAACAAAGCAGAAGAGCCCCUUGAGAAGCUGACAGUCCAGUUUAGAUGAGAAAAAACCAAUUUCUCUCACUAGUGUUAACCCCGUAAGUAGGUUAACAUCUCAAUAAAACAAGUACACAACAACUGCCUCUAAUUAAGUGAAUUUCCAGAAAAAAAUUGUUAUUUUUUAUACUACAUAUGUAGUAUAGAGAGUGAAGAAAUUAAGAUAACAAAUGAUAA